CACACCCGGCGCACCAGCGGCGCAGUCCGGCUGCUCCUGCGGCUUCCUCGCACCCAAAACCCCCCCACAACCUCAGCCUUUAUUGCGGCGUUUUCCCACUGGAAAGAGAAUUAAUUUUGGAGAUUUUCAACGAGAAUCACUUUCCUGUGCAAUCAGAACCAGAGAACCAGCUGACCGGAGUUGUAGCAGCCCACGCUGUGCCCUGAAACAGGUGCCCUACUGGGGGGUAAACUGGAGGAGAUGAAGGAUUAGAGGAUAAUCCAGGAUGGUUCCAUGGAGCAAACCGCACAACCAUUUGCAGCUGGACCUAUUUCUGAGCUGAUGUCGACAAAGCCAAAGCCCAGAGCGAGCCAGGCGACCUGACCACACUCCAACUGGCUCGACUGCCUCCAGGAACACAACUGCACAGUGUUCUCCUCAAUUUAUGUCUGUUUAAUUCAGCCAGCAACAAAGAGUGGGACAGAGUUUGGCCUGCAAAUGAUAAACAGAGAUAAUAUUUGAGAGAACGACUUGGUGCUGCAGGCUUGGAGUUCAACUUUUCAGCUUUAGUGAUUACAUGGUUUUUCAAGAUCUUGGAAUAACUUUGGAGGGGUAGUUUCCCGGUCUGUUCUUUGGAGCCCUGAACUGAUUUUUGCAUAAAACUGAGACAAAAAAAGGUCAUCUUAGUCCAGUUCACUCUUUCGGUCAGAUUGAAGACAUUGUUUCAGGUUCAUAAAGCCGUUUACCUCUUGAGACCAUGAAUCUUCAGGAAAAGUUUUCCGGCCUCAAAGGUCUGGUCACACACUCCCACAGCAAGCGGCGCUUCAAAAGUGACCUCACAGUGGAGAUGAUCAGCCCCCCCUUGGGGGACUUCCGCCACACCAUGCACGUGGGCCGCGGCGGCGAUGUCUUCGGGGACACGUCCUUCCUCAGUAACCACGGCGGGACGGCCAACGGGAACAACAGGGACACAGAAUCUAUCACGUCCCCCGACAACAAGAUCGGAGCGUUCUUCUCCAGGACGCUGCGGCAAAUCAGGAGGGGCUCGGACAACCAUCCCAGAGGAGGACCCAAGGAUCUGUCCCCGCCGCCUCCUCCCGUUUCUCCCAUCAUCAAGAAUGCCAUCUCCCUUCCCAGGUUAGACGUGGAUAUGUCCAAUGGGAGCCCUACUGCCAAGGUGCUUUUCCCCAGCUCGCGUAGUACACCAGAGGAGAAGAAAAGCUCUUACGGUCUGGAGUCUGGUUUCGUCACUCUGCCUCGUCUCUCCCGCUCUGAGCGGCAGCAGCCUUCCAUCUCCCUCCCGACUUCCAACAUCCACCGCGGCUCCCUGACCGACCCCACUGAUGCCAUCCUAUCCAGCUGCUACACCGCGGUAGCCUCCGACUCCAAGCCCACCACCGCCUACUCCGACUCCCUCCCCUCUCUCACCUCUCUGGGUACCUUCACCUUUGACCUCGGCCCCUCCCUCAUGAGCGAGGUGUUCGGCUUGAUUGACGGCCACCCGGACGAGCACGGCCAAGCGUGGGAGAUAGAAGAGGCAGGGUCGGCGUGUGGGCUGACCAACGAAGGCUCGGAGAUGGACUCGGCCACCAUCUUGUAUGUGGACUCCCUGCUGAGGGAGGACUGCGGCGUCCAGAAGAGCCCGCACACGGACGACGUAGAGGAAGAGGAGACUGUGACAGAAGUGAACAGGGGCGGGCUUUCUGUUAAAGUGCCCGAUGUGGUGAUGGGGUCACCCGGACGAGGGAGGUUGGGAGUGGGGAUGGAAAUGGAGCGUUUCCAGAGCGCUACGGAUGUGCUCGCGCGCCACUACGGCAUCAGUGUCUUAAAGGGACAGAGCUCAGAGGUGAUGACCGUCAGCCAGCCCAAGAAGAAAUUGUCUUACAGUUACAUGGACGAUGAGGAUGAAAUCAAAGUCUGAGUUGAGAAAAAAAACAUCCGACAUAUGAUUUAUCGAUAAUUCUACUCAAAAUCUGUAAGCGAUAUUCAUGUCAACGAGGCAGGCUCUGUUGACAGGGUGGUCUUUUGUACUUUUUAUACAAUUACGCUUCAAGGAUGUGCAAGAUGUACAGUUCAAUGCAAACAUGUGACUGAAUGUAUUUAAAAAGGGAGACUUUUUUUCCCCCUCCAGUGGUUGAAACAAAAAGGAAGCAUGGACAAGUAAAGGAUAUACCAGAUGAUGCUGUGGCGGAAACUCCACCGCCGCUACUCAACGUAGACAUUAUAAUGCCUGUCGUUCACUUUAUACAUAUCUACACACUUCCUCGCUCACAAGAGGGCGGGGAAACGAUUCUCACUGCAAAUCUCUAACGAGAUACCACAGCCUACUACAGACGUUUUUGCAUUACACUACAACCUCUUGUCAUUGUUUCGCUCAGGAACACGAGACAAUAUCAGGAAAGAGAAUUGAACACGAGAUCUGGAAUCUCAGGAACAACCCCGGCCGAUAAAGAUAAAAACCAGAGAAACACAAACAUCCCAGACGGAGAGGGAGUAUGACAAGAUUUGCUAGAAGCAACUAAAUCCUACGUAUGUGUAUUUUAAUGUUGCAGACCAUCUAUAUAAAUACAUACUCUGCACCUUUUCUUUUGUAAUGAAUAUGAAGUCUGACUCCUGUAUUCCUUUUUAUAGAAGAUUCAUCAUUUAAAUGCUCUCUUUUUUUUUUAUACAACUGUACAUGAAGAUUUUUAACUGACCUAUAAAUGUACUUUUAACAGUAUGAGCACCUGCAGCACAUCGUCGUGCAAUCCACAUCCACGUGCUGCAGUCAAUACCAAUGAUAUACUACAGUAUGAUGCUAUAAAGUGACAAUAAAGAUGAUUUUAAUUAAG